UGUUCAGGUGAUAUAUACAGGUACACAACAGGUAGGUUCUGCAAACCAGUCUCAAUCAUGACUCUCUCUGAGGAACAACAGAAUUUCAUCUUCCAAGAGGGAACUGUUUUACAACAGAUGCCUGGAAGAGGGAGAAAGCGAGCUCGGGAGUCGGAGGGGGAAAAUAAGGUCGCUAGUAAGAAACACAAAAUAACACACCCCUCCCACCCUGAUGUGACGGUUACGGGUGUCGUCCUGGCCUGUGGGGAAGGAGAUGUCGGCCAGCUUGGUCUUGGUCCUGAUGUCAUGGAAAAAAGUCGACCUGCUCUUGUCAACAUUGAAAAUCAGAAAAUAGUUUCAGCAGUAGCUGGGGGCAUGCACACUGUGUGUUUAACUAACAAAGGCGAGGUGUAUACCUUUGGGUGCAAUGAUGAGGGUGCUUUAGGGAGAAACACGUCAGAGGAGGGGUCUGAAACCCUCCCAGGCAAGGUGGAUUUCCUCGGUCGAGGGAUUCAGCUGUCUGCUGGGGACAGUCACUCAGCAGUACUGACAGAUGAAGGGAAGGUCUUUGCCUGGGGAAAUUUCAGAGAUGCUAAUGGUAAGAUAGGGCUGACACCAGAUGGCAUCAUGGAGAAGCCUAUAGAGAUGUUACCAGGGGAAACAGUCGUCAAGAUCGCCUCCGGUGGGGAUCAUCUACUGUGUCUGACAGAGAAGGGAGAAAUCUACUCCUGUGGGUGUGCUGAACAAGGACAGCUGGGAAGAGUGGCAGAGUGCUUUUCUGUGCGAGGAGGAAGGAAAGGUCUAGAUUAUAUAUUAAAACCAGGUGUUAUUAGAUGUUUGCGACAUAAAUCUAGGAAGCGAGUGUUAUUUGAUGAUGUGUUUUGUGGACAGUACAUGUCGUAUGCCCGAGAAAAGGAAACCGGAGCUAUAUAUGCCUGGGGUCUCAAUAAUUACUAUCAGCUAGGAACCAAUGACCUUGAAAACAGAUUCGUCCCCGAGUAUGUCACAUCUAUGUCGGAGAAUAUCAAAGUUAUGAUGGUCGAUGCUGGCCAACAUCAUGCCAUUUGUCUAGACACUGCCGGGAAGGUGUACACAGUCGGGAGAGGAGAAUAUGGCAGACUCGGACAUGGGGAUUCCAACGAGGAAAAGAGAGUCCCCGCUGUCCUUGACCUUCCCCCAUGUAAACAGGUGGCAGCUGGACAGGCCGUCUCCUAUGCUCUUACUGAAUCAGGUGAAGUGUAUGCAUGGGGUAUGGGAACCAGUCAACAACUGGGGUCUGGAGAAGAUGAAGACAUUACAACACCUCAGAAAAUGACAGGAAAACAACUUAACUCCAGGAAAGUGAUAGCAGUGAGUGGGGGUGGGCAGCACACUGUACUUCUGGCCAGUGAGGAAGCCUCCUGAUGACUUAGAUCACCAUAGCAACCAACAGUGCAGCAGUGAAUGUCAGAAACUUUUAGUGCAGCAGAAAAAAAGCAGGACUUUUAUCUUCUCCAUCACUCAUCACACGCAGAUCUCACCAAAUCCUGGAUAAUGUUCAUUUGUUUAUACUGAACUUGUAUUAUGAUUUAUGAAGCCUUCUGUGUUCCCUCUAGUGUAAAAUUGUCAUUCAUAAAAUUACAAAAUUGCUUGAAAUUAUUUAAAUAAAAUAGAGAAUAGAAUUAUAUGAGUUAAAUGUAAUUUAUGUGAGAUUCAACAAAUGGUCUAUAAAUGAUGAUGUUUGUUACUUUAUGUAUGCGAGAUCUUGUACAUUUUAAUGCAAUCAUGUUUUAUCCACAGGGUCCAUGUCUGUUUAAUUACAGAAUGUCUUAUACAAUACUUUAUAGUUUGUAUAAAUCAGUAACUCAAUGGUCUUGGUCUCUGUGAUUUUAAAUUGCUCAUUUUAUAUCCCUGUCAUUUUUAUGUCAAUAAAAUUUUACUGAAGUCUU